CAGUGUCGUGAGAUUAGCUUCGAGAGUCACGAGGAGUUGUUGAAGGUGCUUCACGAGCUGCACACGACCAUGAAAACGUAUCACACGUACUGGGGCGAGUUUCGAACAGCGGAAUCAAAGUUGAUGCUGGCAGAAAGCCAGAAGCGGAAAUUGGAGCUGAGCAUCCCACCCGAGAAGCUUACGAAACGGAAGAAAUUCCGAGUGAUCGAGAAGGACAUUGAAAAGCGAAAAAACAAGUAUAAUGAUGCGAGAACGAAGGCGCUGAAAGCAAGGAACGACUAUUUGCUGUGCAUGGACGCGGCGAAUGCGGCUCUCCACAAAUAUUUCGUGGACGACUUAUCUGACAUCAUGGAU